AUGAUGCGUUCCAAAAAGCUUGAAGGAUGGCAAUCAAUUGUGGAAAAUGUUAUAUGGGAUUUAUCUGAGGGAGAAGAUAGAAUAUUAGCAGUUUUGAAAUUGAGUUUUGAUGAACUGGGAUCUCCACCGUUGAAACAAUGUUUUGCGUACUGCUCAAUGUUUAUCAAAGACUUUGAAUUUGAAAAGGAUGACUUAAUCCAACAUUGGAUGGCGCAAGGGUGGCUUCACCCUUUUCCCAACCAAUAUGAUCUAGAGAUGGAGGAUACAGGUAAUGAAUAUUUCAAUAUUCUAUUACAAAACACAUUUUUUCAAGAUGUGAAAAGGGAUUUCUUUGGUAAUAUAACCAAAUGCAAGAUGCACGAUCUUGUUCAUGAUCUUGCUAUAUAUGUUUCAAAGUCGAAGUACAUGCGCUCCUCAUUUUUCAAUGGAGCAGUCCUUGGCAUGAACUCACCUGAAGUUAAAGGUCUUCGUGUUUUAAACUUAUACAAGACAGAUGUUCAGGAGUUACCGGAUUCAAUUGGAAAGCUGAAACACUUGAGGUAUCUGAAUGUCAUGAAAACAAAGAUCAAAGCAUUUCCCAAAUCUUUGGGUCAGCUUUAUAACCUUCAGACAUUGAAAAUGCCUCGUAUCCUUGAAAAGUUUCCAAUGGAAAUUGCAAAUUUGAUCAACUUGAGACAUGUCUAUUUUGGUCAAAAUGUAAAAGUUCCAGCUGGGGUUUUGGAAAGAUUGACGAAUCUCCGUUCAUUACCUUAUGUUAAGAGAGAUAAAGAAGAAGCAGAGAAAGCAAAUUUAGCGGAGAAGAAACAUGUACGCAAGUUGGUGCUUAGAUGGGGGUGUAGUCGGCCAAGCAACUGUGCUGACAGUAAUGAAGUUGUACUUGAAGUCCUGCGACCACAUUCUAGUCUGGAAUUUUUGGAAAUUGAUGGCUUCAUGGGUGUUAAAUUACCAUCAUGGUUAGUGCUAUCCAACAACUUGAAAGAGAUUGAAUUACAGGGAUGCAUCAACUGCGAAGGAGUCCCAACACUCGGCCGUUUGCCCAAUCUUGUACAUGUGAGCAUUGAGGGUAUGCAGAACCUCAAGUGUUUGGGCUAUGAGUUUUAUGGUUAUGAUCACAUUUCUGAUGAUACAGAGGUUUUGUUUCCUGCAUUGAGAACAUUACAUAUGACGCAGGCAAGAAACCUAAUUGAAUGGAUGGGAGUGCCAACAGAAAGAGUGGAGGUGUUCUCUUUCCUUGAGGAGUUGACCUUGACCGGUUGCAGUCAAUUGAGAAGUGCUCCCAGUCAUUUUCCAUCCCUGAAAAAGUUGGAGAUUGGAGACAUGAACAGCGGAGGCAAUGCAAUAGCAAGUAUUCUAAGUGAUAGUCUGACCACUCUCACUUGUCUACCAAUAUGGAAUGUGAGGGGACCUGUUUGUCUGCCGGAAAGGUUGUUAGAAAACAACCAGAAUCUUUCAUGUUUGGAGAUAGGCAAUUGUUCGGAGCUAACUUGUAUUGCCCCUCCCGACUCACACUGCUGCGCAUCUCUUCAGCAACUGAGUAUUUUAGAGUGUCUUAAGCUGAGGUGUUUACCUGAUAAUGGUCUGCUGUCUCUUAUAAAGUUGGAGAUCGAGGAAUGUCCAGAGAUAUCCAGUCUACCUGAGGGGCUACAGUACUGCACAUCUCUUCAAAUUUUGAAAAUACAGAAGUGCACAAAGAUAAAGUCCAUUCCAAUUCCAUCUCAAGGGUUCCCGUCCCUUUCUCGACUAUGGCUUUCGCAGUGUCCUGAAUUAUCAAGCCUGCCGAGCGGGCUAGGCUGCUGCACCUCUCUUGCUGAUUUGAGAAUAACAGUGUCCUAA